CCAUCUGCUUCUUGCUUCAUCAAUCCUUCUUUAUGGCUGCUUCUUCUUCUUUCCCAUCAAUCCUUCAUUGGAAUUAUGAUAUCUUCUUGAGCUUCAAAGGUGAAGAUGUCCGCAAGAAUUUUCUUGCUCAUCUCUAUUCUGCUUUAAACCAGGUUGGAUUUAGGGUUUACAAGGAUGAUAAUGAGCUUGGGAGGGGCUGUGACAUUUCCACUGAGCUGUUAGAAGCAAUCGAGCAGUCUCGGAUUGCCCUUAUAGUGUUCUCAGAAAACUAUGCUGAUUCCAGAUGGUGCCUGGACGAACUUGUGAAGAUCCUUGAUUGCAGGAAAAGGUUAGGACAAAUUGUUCUGCCUAUUUUCUUCCGUGUGGAUCCCUCAGACGUUCGCAAACAGAAAGGAAGCUUUGGUGAAGCAUUUGUGUGUCACCAGAAGGUUCCGGCCGAGAAAGUGGAGAGUUGGAAGACAGCUCUUACCAAUGCUGCAAGUCUGGCCGGGUUUGAUCUACAAACUGUCAAUGGGGAUGAGUCCGACUUGAUCAAGAGAAUUAUUGAAGAGGUUUGGGAAAAAUUACAUCCAGCUCAACAUAGCAAUAUAGACAAACUUUUUGGAAUAGCAAGUCGAGAAGAAGAUUUUAUUUCACUUUUGCGACUUGACUCUAAAGAUGUACGCUUCAUAGGAAUCUAUGGAAUGCCUGGAAUAGGAAAGACAACAAUUGCCAAGUUUAUUUGGAAUAGAAUCUUCCCACUCUUUGAUGGCAACAGUUUGCUUGAAGACGUUCAUCUAGCAUCAAAACAAGGUGAUGGACUGGUUGAUUUACAGAAGAGACUUCUCCAACAUAUUUUGAGGGUACAUGACUUACAUGUAAGCAAUAUUUAUGAUGGCAUUAAUAAAAUCAAGAGAAGAUUACAGUACAAACGGGUUCUUGUUAUCCUUGACAAUGUUGAUCACCUGGACCAGCUAGCCGCCCUUGCUAGAGAGCACGACUGGUUUGGUGCUGGAAGCAGAAUCAUAGUAACUAGUAGAGAUGAAAAUUUGCUUAAUGCUCAUAGAGUGGAUGCCAAAUUUCUGGUCCCACCGCUAUCCUAUUUUUCUGCUUCUCAACUCUUUUGUUGGCAUGCCUUUAGACAACAUGAUCCACCAGAUGAUUUUGUAGAGCUUUCCCGCGGGAUUGUGAGAUAUGCUGAAGGGCAUCCAUUAGCUCUUAAAGUUUUGGGAUCUUUCCUAUCCGACAAAACUCCACCUGAGUGGAUGAGUGCAUUUGAGGAACUCAAGAGUACUCCUCAUGGAGAAAUUUAUGAUAGACUUAAAAUUGGUUUUGAUUCACUAAAUGACCAUCAAAAGGCCAUUUUUCUUGACAUUGCAUUUUUCUUUGUGGGGACGGAUGAGAAUGAUGCAAUUUCUAUAUUAGAUGGUUGUGGCUUCCAUACAAAAAUCCUACUUCGUGUUCUUAUCCAAAAGUGCCUUUUAACAAUAAGUCUUGACAAGAAGCUAAUAAUGCACGAUCUGCUUCAAAAAAUUGCAAGAGAAAUUGUCCGUAGAGAAAAUGUUGAAAAACCUGGCAAGCGCAGUAGGCUAUCUUCUCCUAAGGACAUCCGUAUGGUUCUGAAAUACCAUGAGGGUACGGACAAAGUCAUAGGUCUUAUGGGCAACUUCCCUAGAUUAAGGGAGAAGUCAUUUAGUACUGAAGCACUUGCAAGGAUGAACAAACUAAGAAUACUCCAACUUAAGAAUGCUGCAUUCACUGGAGGCUGCCAACAUUUCACGAAAGAAUUAAGAUGGCUGUGUUGGGAAAGAUUCCCCUGGGUAUCUAUACCACCUAGUUUAAAUCUCAAAAAGUUGGUUGUAUUGAAGUUAAGAUACAGCAAGCUCAAACAUAUUUGGGAGCAAACAGAGGUUCUUAAAAAUCUGAAAGUCCUUGAUCUCAGUCAUUCUCAUAACUUAAUCAGAACAUCUGACAUCUCAGGUCUAUGCAAUAUUGAAAAACUGAUCUUUAUAGACUGCAUCAAUUUGAUUGAGGUACACCAGUCCAUUGGCAAUCUCAGUAAACUCGUUUCUUUGGACUUGAAAAACUGCAAGAACCUCAUUCAUCUUCCCACAGAGAUCUGCGAGUUAAGGUUUCUCCAAGAUCUUAAUUUAUCUCAUUGUUCAAAACUAACAGAGUUACCUGAGGAUCUUGGUAACCUGGAAAGUUUGAAGGAAUUGAAUAUAGGCUUUACUGCCAUCAAGAACUUACCCAUCUUGAUUGGCCAUCGCAAGAACCUCACAGAAGUUUUAUGGAGUAAUGAAGGAUAUUUAUUUGGAAGUCUGGGCAUCCACAGUUUGUCUCCAUUGUGGAAUUUGGCUUCUUUGACAAGCUUGAAUCUCUCAUUUUGCAAUCUAUCACAUAAUUCAUUUCCUGGACACCUCAAUGGCCUACCAUAUCUGGAGAAAUUGUUGGCAAGAGGAAACAAUUUUCAUACUUUACCACUUUGUCUACUGCAUUUGUCAAAGUUAAAAGAGCUUGAUCUCUCUGAUUGUGAUUUGUCAGGGACAACAAGUUCCAUAGCUUGUCUGAGCACCACAUUGAAAAGAUUGGAUUUAUCCCAAAACAACUUUCGCUGCCUGCCAGUUGACCUUAGCAUCAUUCCUCCCCAAAAUCAGGUGAACAUAAGUGACUGCAAGAAGCUUCAAACUAUAGAAGCUGAAUUGCACACAAAUUUGAAUGCAUGGAAUUGUACAUUGUUGGAGAAAGUGGCAUACAAAGGACUGCUUAAUUUACCAGAAAAUAUUAUCCAACCAGAGAGAAUAUUUGGUUGUUCUCUCUUUGCUUUUAGUGGCUGUGAAAAACUGGUCAAGAUUCAGGGAAAUUUCAAGCUGAAACCUUUAACUAGGGGUGAACUUUCUAAGUUAGAGCGCUUGUUUGGAUUGGAAUGUUUGCUUAACAAGCAGUCCCGUCUUCAUAAUGCUGCAACCGGCACCUGGAUGAAGGCUCCCAUUCAGGGGUUGUCUCAGUGUGGAACUGGGGUUAUAGCAUUUUUCUUCCUGAAAGAAAGCAUAAAGAUUGAGAAUAUCACUACUGGCUACUGCCGUACAUACUUUCCAACAUUCGUUGGGUACCCUGAAAAAGAUGCAAUCAUGUGGGUCAGCUACUGGAGAGCUCCAAGAUUGGUGAAUGGAGGGACCAGACUUAUGGUUGAAGUAAGAACAGAUACCCAACCCUUCAAUGUGAAAGAGAUUGGCGUUCGCCUCUUAUACGAAGAGAUAAUAAUGCAAUUGUCUGGAGAACAUCUGAUGAUUCCAAGACACCAAUUGACAGAUGCAACAAGAGUUAAAACCUCCUCCUUUCUAAGAAUUAUUGAGGCCUUACAUCAGGAGUCUCCUCCGGUGGAUAUGAACCUGGGAUCAACUGACAGUCUAGGUUUAGAGGGUAUGAAUUUUUUAAAAAUCUGGCUGCUUACCCAAGUUUUUCAGUUUCAGAACAUAUUUAUCCAGCAGUUUUGAAAUUGCUGAUGCUUUGGCUGAGAGGAAACUUUCCAUAUAUAAGCAAUGUGGCCCUGACAGAUUUUCAAGAUGACCCAAUAAUCUCUGAAUGGAUGAACUCUUUUAACAUUUUUGUCUGCGGGGAAAAAAAUAAAAACAAGAAAUGAAAUGUGAAGAAGGUAGAUCAUCAGGUGAGCUCUUAAUCUUUCUUGUAAUAUAGUACUUAAAGGCUGUAUCGGUUGGAGACUUUAGUUACAUGGAGUCUGAUUUGUAAUGUGUUUAUAGUUGGAUUUUUUUUUUUUUAAGAUAAAAUGAAAAUUCUUAUUUAUC